GGAAGGACAAAGCAUCAGCGGUGUGACGCCCAGUUUGAACAGGUCGAUCUCGAUAUCGAGAAAAUGACGAAACAUAACCCCAAGAACAAGCCAAACAAUCGAAACUCAAAAUCAAACACGAGAGAGAAUACUAGUAGCGGACUAAGCAUGGCUGAGCUGGAAGCUUCUGAAGCCCGAUGCAAUCCAUCUCCCAGAAUCAACUUCACGAGAACGACAUGGGUACAGCAGCAUCACUUGUGCAUGGACCUGUACCACGACCACCUCUCAGUGGCCCUGCCUCUCACAGCACCGCACAGUCUCGCUCAAAGCGCUCGCACCUCUAUGACGAGCAUGAGAGCCCGGCAAACACAACCGUCAGACACAGAAACGCCCUUGAAACUUCAUCCAGAGAGGAGGUAGAAGAGUUGAAAACCGAGUUGGACUCUGUCAACCGUCGACUGUACAAGGCUGAGGCGAACGUUCAGAAACUAGAGAUGGAAAAACUUGAAUCUCUGGAUCGUUUUCAACCCGUAUUUGAUGAUCACAUCAUCGCCAAGAUAAAGUCCGUGGAGCAAAAACUGAACACACUAGUGAGCUUUCUCGUCAAAUGUUCUGCUACCACGGAUAUUUCAGACUUGGGAACAACUCUCGCAAAAUACACAUGGUUUAAUCGCUUCAGUCGAAAGCUGAUCCAUAUCGACUGCAACAACAGAGUAGUACUUCGAAAGGCCUUGAGAAGCGUGACGUGGAUGUUUUUGCAUCAUGAGCUUUUCUCGACUCCAUUUUUGUGCUUCGGAAGUGAAGUUGGAGAACAACUUUCCAAUGUCUUUGCAACUCUAUAUGAGGAACCGCACCUAAAUGCCGAAUCUGUCAAAUGGCGUUGCCUCACCGUGAAGCAACUUGAAGCGUCCAAGAUCUGCCAAUCCGACGACAUUACUUGUCGGCAGUUGCACGAGAAGUUUCAAUUGCGCAUGGGAAAUAUGCGUUACAAUAUUACCGAAGCGGGGCUUUUCAAGGAGAAAUCGAAGAAGAUGUUUGAGGCGGCUAUCCAGCUCGCAAAGCUAUUUGCUAGCCAACGAGCAAUUUUCGAACUGUUUGACCCUCCGAAAGAGCUUUGGUUCAAAGCUGUCGAUAGCGAGUAUUGCACCAAUGUAAACAGUACUGAUGAAAAGGAUGACCAAGUGGAGAGAUCGGGAGUAGUCGCAUUUAUCGUCUCGCCAGCAUUACGGAAGCGGGGUGAUGGAAAAGGGGAUAACUUGAAUGAGAGCACGCUCUUAACGAAUGCAUUCGUUCACUUAGCACUGGAACACCCAAUGAAGGAGAGUUUCGUAGCUGAUUCAAACGUGUUGCACGAUACUUGAUCCAUGUGGAAAGUACUAUGGGGGAGCACUGUCUCGACGUAUAUUACUUAUGACUCGUUAGCUUAACACGAAUACAGAGCGUU